CGGCCUUUAAUGGUUUAGUAAAGAAGAAAAAGGAAAACAAUAGUGUUCUCGUCAACCGAGAAUAUUGCAAGUAGUAUUUAUAUUCAAUGAACUUGAGAAAUUCAAUAAUAUUCAAAAAUUACGAGACCAGCGUGAGAACCUCGAGAUCAAUGGAUAGAUGCAUAUAUUACAGGCAUCUUCGAUCAGAAUUUCCAAUAAUAUCAUCAGGUAAGAAAAUUUCUUCUUCUUUUUCUGAUUUCUCUCUUUGGCCAUUGACGCUCGGUGCCAGAUUGAUCACAUUUUCAUCCUGCCCACCAACGCGCUAUCCUUGUAUAGUAUCUCAUAGGACAUAAAAUGAAACCCAUGACUGCAGAAAAACUCCGUUUGAACCAAGCAGAGAGGAGAACCU